AUGUUUGCGUCUCUUUGUGCUGUGCCUCUUCUGGCGCUUGCAGUCACCGCUUCCUGGGACGGCAAUAUCAACUUCAACAGCCCUUCGUUACAACACCAAGACCUAGGCCUCGACUUGGCCAAGAUUCAGGAACGCACUGGAAUCCUUGCCAGGCAGACGGCAAACUUCACGAACAGCCAACUCAACUUCACCCAUGGUGUAGCCUCUGGUGACCCGUACCCUGAUUCGGUUAUUUUGUGGACUAGGCUUGCCCCUACUCUUGUCAGCGAUCGUUCCAACGUGACCGUGUCUGGUACUGCUGAGCUCUACAACCACGAGACUGAAGCGUACGUUCGCGCCUCGAAGCACAGGGUCUGCACACAAUGGCGCAUUGCUAGCGACGCAAACAUCACUCGCGUAGUGGACCAAGGUACAGCUUAUACCACGUCUGAUAUCGACUUCACCGUCAAGGUCGAGGCACGCAAGCUGCAGCCAUUCACCACCUAUCACUAUCAAUUUACUCAAUGCGGUACAACUAAUCAAUCUCCUAUCGGUCGCACCAAGACGUCUCCGUCAGCCCACCAGAAGAUCGAUAAGAUCGGGCUUGCUGUGUACUCGUGCUCGAACUAUCCGAAUGGUUACUUCAACGCCUACGGUAAUGCUGCUCGCAAAGAUCGUGUCGAUUACGUUGUCCAUUUGGGAGAUUAUAUUUACGAGUCAAGCGUCGGUGUGCAAGGCCGUGACGCUCGAGCGACCAAUCCUAGUCGUGCCCUACUCACACUCUAUGAUUACAGAACCAGGAUCGCACAGUACAGGACCGACAAUGACUUGCAGCUAUCUCACCAGAACUUUGCCUGGAUCGCAACAUGGGACGAUCACGAGGUCGCUAACAACGGGUACCGCGAUGGGUUCAGUGCCAUGAACAACACCGAGGAUUCUUUCAUUCGUUCCGGUGGUGUUAGUGUCGAUCAACGCAAGAUGAAUGCCGUACGUGCUUACUUCGAGUGGAUGCCCAUCCGCCAAGUCAACAUGGACGACAACCUUCGCAUCUGGAGAAACUUCCAGAUGGGUACGCUUCUUGACCUGACCAUGCUAGACACUCGCAACUACGAUCGCUCAAUCACCGACCUGAACUACAACACAGACUAUAUAUACGAGAUCCACAACGACGCUGGACGCUCACUCAUGGGCUCGCAGCAGGAGAACUGGUUCUACAAGACUCUGAUUUCCAGCAAGAAACGCGGCGCUGCCUGGCGUAUCAUUGGCAACCAGAUUGUCUUUAGUCGUGUCAACAUCUCAUCAUGGUUCGGCACCUUUGAGAAUCCCUACAAGGAAGACCAAUGGGAUGGUUACCAAUCGAAUCGUAACAGAACUUUCCAAACACUUUACGACCACGACAUUGGGAAUAACAUUAUGCUCGCGGGUGACUCUCACGCAAACUGGGUUUCGGACUUGGUCUGGUUGGAGGAGCAUCCCUAUGAUUCUGCUACGGGCCAAGGUGCAGUAGGCGUAGAAUUUGCCGGCACAGCAGUCACAUCUUCUGGGUUCGGAGGGACCAUUCGCUCCGCUAACAACCAGUCUUCCUCACUGGUUCGGGACAAUAGCGAGUUACAGUGGAACGAAGGCUACUACAGAGGAUACUUCGAGCUGCAGGUCGGGUAUGAUGCCGUGCAUGCCUCCUACUUUGGCAUGCCGACGGUCGCCACACGCAAUCCCUUGGAGAUCAGCUUGGCUAACUUUACUGUUGUCAACGGUGCCAACAAACUCCAGCGCCCAGUGGCUGGAGGCCAAGUUGAGAGCGGUUAUAUCAAGUCUGGACAGGUGCAGAUGACUAAUUUGACGUACAACACGCAGAAUCAGUCGUGGGCUGUAAGGAAUGACUUCAAUCAAAUGUUCAUCUCGUACCCACGUACGACAUGA